AGCAAUCUUCACACACAUGGUCUCAUCUCUCUGCCUCUGUUUUCCCCGUUGGAGAGCUGGUCGCGCUCCAAUUCAUACACGCUUGACAUCUCAGUGGAGAUUAAAAACAGCUGAGUGCGAGGAAGUCUGCGUGAGAAUGCGUUUGUAUCGGUUUUGGUGCUCAGGAUUGAGGUGAUAGAUCAUCACUACGGUGGAGAAACUAGAGGAGCAGGACGAUGACAGAAGUGCAGAACAAAUAUGGUGGUCUACUCACGCCCCACAAACAUCUGCGUGUGCAUUGGGAAGAGAUCAGCGUGAUGGAUGAGCGGAACACCCCGAUGCGGACGUACCAGGUGUGUAACGUCAUGCAGGCCAAUCAGAACAACUGGCUGAGGACACGCCACAUCAGUCGGGAAGGAGCCCAACGGGUUUACAUCGAGAUCAAAUUUACCCUGCGCGACUGUAACAGCCUGCCGGGGGUCCCUGGUACCUGCAAAGAGACGUUCAACAUGUACUACUAUGAGUCGAACAAUGCCAACUUGUGGUUUAUCAAGGAAAGCCAGUAUGUCAAAAUUGAUACGAUUGCUGCAGAUGAAAGCUUUACGCAGGUGGACGUCGGCGACCGUGUGAUGAAGCUAAACACGGAAGUGCGCGACAUCAGCAACCUAAGCAAAAAAGGCUUCUACCUGGCCUUCCAGGACCUGGGCGCUUGCAUCGCUCUGGUCUCCGUCAGGGUCUUCUACAAGAAGUGUCCACUCACUGUGCUUAAUUUGGCCCAGUUCCCUGACACCAUAACAGGGGGAGACACGGCCCUGGUGGAGGUACACGGAGCGUGCGUGAAUGCCUCCGAGGAAUUUGAGGUUCCAAAGAUGUACUGCAGCGCAGACGGAGGCUGGCUGGUUCCUAUCGGGAGGUGUGUGUGCAAACCGGGUUUCGAGGAGAACAAGGACAUCUGCCAACCAUGCAGACCCGGAACCUACAAGGCCUCGGCCACCGACGCCUACUGCAACAAAUGUCCUCCACACAGCUCGUCCCCUCAGGAGCAAGCCACAGAGUGCAUUUGCGAGAAAGGCUUUCACCGAGCCGACAGCGAUCCACGCUCCAUGGCGUGCACACGUCCCCCAUCUGGUCCAGAAAACCCGAUCUCCACAGUGAACGAGACCUGCGUCACUUUGGAGUGGUCGUCCCCGAGAGACACAGGCGGACGAGGCGACAUCACUUACAGCCUUUAUUGCAGAAAGUGCUCUGGCGAAGGCAAACAGUGCGUGCCCUGCGGGAGCAGCGUCCAUUUUGUGCCCCGACAAUUUGGCCUCUCUUCAGCCACUGUCGCCAUCACCGACCUACAGCCGGACUCCAACUACAGUUUUAUCAUCGAGAGCCAAAACGGCGUGUCGGACUUAAGUCCCACGCCGAAAGGAAGGGCGGUGAUGAAUAUUACCACGUCACAAACAGUGAGCGUUGUGUUGAAGGAAAGGCGCAGCAAGGACAGCGUGACCUUGGCCUGGCAAGGCCCACAAAGACCCAAAGGUGUGAUAGUGGAGUAUGAGGUCAUCUACUAUGAGAAGAACCAGCGGGAGCAGAACUACACUGUUUUGAAAACACGCUCCAAUAUGAUGACAGUGGACGGGCUUAAACCGGGUACCACCUACGUGUUCAGGGUCAGGGCUCGAACAGACGGUGGAUAUGGGAGCUACGGUGGAGAAAUUGAACUGGAAACCAGCCAUGAAGACGUCUUUGCUAUCGGAGACCCCAACCAGACCACCAUCCUGGCCAUAUCUGUCGCAGGUGGCGUCGUUCUCCUCAUCUUCUUGGUGACGUGCUUCGUGGUUAGCGGAAGGCACUGUGGAUACAUCAAAGCUAAGCAAGACCCCGAUGAAGAGAAGAUGCAAUUCCAGCAUGGCCGAGUCAAGCUUCCCGGCAGUCGGACGUACAUCCAUCCUCACACCUAUGAAGACCCCAACCAGGCUGUCAGAGACUUCGCCAAAGAGAUCGAUGCCAUCAAUAUUCGCAUCGAGAGAGUUAUCGGAGCCGGUGAGUUUGGCGAAGUGUGCAGCGGGCGCUUGCGUGUGCAAGGAAAACGUGAGAUCUACGUGGCCAUCAAGAGUCUGAAGGCGGGCUACUCAGAUAAACAGAGGCGGGACUUCUUGUCAGAGGCCUCCAUCAUGGGACAAUUUGACCAUCCGAACAUCAUCAGGCUGGAGGGAGUGGUCACGAAAUGUAAGCCGGUGAUGAUCAUAACAGAAUUCAUGGAGAAUGGAUCGCUAGACACCUUCCUCAAGAAACACGACGGCCAAUUCACGGUGAUCCAGCUGGUGGGCAUGCUGCGCGGCAUCGCCUCGGGCAUGAAGUACCUGUCGGACAUGAGCUACGUUCACAGAGACCUCGCCGCACGGAACAUCCUGGUCAACAGCAACCUUGUGUGUAAGGUGUCUGACUUUGGUCUCAGUCGGGUUCUGGAGGACGACCCGGAGGCCGCUUACACCACCAGGGGUGGGAAGAUCCCCAUCAGGUGGACAGCUCCCGAGGCCAUCGCCUACAGGAAGUUCACCUCGGCCAGCGAUGUGUGGAGUUACGGCAUCGUCAUGUGGGAGGUGAUUUCGUACGGCGAGAGACCCUACUGGGAGAUGUCCAACCAAGACGUUAUAAAAGCAAUAGACGAAGGCUACCGUCUUCCCGCACCAAUGGACUGUCCGGUGGUGUUGCAUCAGCUCAUGUUGGACUGCUGGGAGAAAGGACGCAGUGAGCGACCCAAGUUUGGACAGAUCGUCACAAUCCUGGACAAGCUCAUCAGAAACCCCGCGAGCCUCAGAGAGCUGGCUAACAGCCCGGCGAGUGAGGAGCCCACCACUCCAGAAUUCAGUGUGAGCACUGUGGACGAGUGGUUGGACGCCAUCAAGAUGGGCCAAUAUAAGGAGAACUUUUCCAGCUCUGGAUACGUCAGCUUAGACUCAAUCCUUUACAUCAGCGUCAGCGAAUUGGCUAAAAUGGGUGUAACUCUAGCCGGCCACCAGAAGAAGAUUUUAUCCAGUGUGCAGAGCCUGCAGACCCAAGGGACACAUGUCCAAGUAUAACACGCUCCACAUUAACACAUUGAGAGCGAGCCAAGAGUUCCUCCAACCAAUGGAGACGUCACUCCGUUGCUUUUAAAAGUCACUGAGUUGGAGGACGACAUGGACACUUUGACUCCUUCACAUUCAUCCACCAUUCUUCCCUUCCUUGAUGGACACCACCAGCUUCGGAGCCGCAUCUACCACAUCAUUCACAUUGCAACAGCUUAAAAAAAAAAAAAAGACUCAGAAAGGAAAGACAAGAAAAUGGAAUCUUUUUCUCACGUGAGGUUUCCAAUUUGGUUUUGAUGUCUUCUCAUUUCUGCUUUCACCUUGAAGAGUUUGAAAAGGCGCCACAAGUACACGUGUAUGUGUCGAUGUAUGUACGUAGGUGGCCGUGAGUCCCACGCCCGUAUCGAUGUAUAGCCGGACCUAACGUUUGCAAUGCUUUGGAGCUUUUGUGAUUUCAUCUUCCAUUCCUCGGAGAAACACAAAGAGAAAUGACAUGAAUGUUUGGGUGUGAGGGGGAAACUGGACCUAAAGAGGAAGUAUUAUAAACGUGUGCACAAGGGCAAGGGCAAGUGCUUCCCUCCAUCACACUCAACUUUGGCUACACAUCCGGUGUCACUUUUCUUCCAUUUCAGCGUUUUCAGCAAUAUUCAGAAAAAUCUCGAUCGGAUAAAGAAGCAUUGUCCGCUUUUUUUUUUUUUUGCUGAAUGAAGGGAAUCGUGUUUAGGUGGACAGCAAAUGUCAAAACAGAGUUGACGCUGCUUAUGAGCGAUAAGGGUCCGACAACGACGACUCCUAAUUUCCUCUUCUAUGGCUGGAUUGUUACUUGUCACUGUACUUUCCACUCCUAAAAUCAUCCUCUGUGAGCCUGUGAGUUAUCAGGUGAAAACUUUGUGAUGGCACCGAGCCCCGUUUUCAGUGUUUUAUUCUGUAAAACUCGAAAGGACAGAGCGUGGCAUAUGGCACCAUAUAUAUGAUUGUAUUAUAGUGUAAAAUAUGUACAGUGUUGCUUUCCAAUGAUAGAAUGUUUGUAAUGAUGCCGAUGACCACUUUUGUUAUGAGAUGGAGAUUUGCGAGUGCUUGUUCAGGGGAAAAGAGCAAAAGCGUGAGCUACUUAUAUUUCUUUGAACGACGGAAUGUAGCAUGAGUGAGAAGCUUCGUCUUUGUUGACAGGCAACGGUGAUCACGGUUUGGGCAUAAAAUUAGAAUAAGUAGAAUGGACUUGAGCUGAUUUAAAGGCCAGAAAUGUCAGUGUCCCGCUGUGCACAGUGAUUCUCUUAUUGUGGUUGUGCAAGCAGGGGUGAAAUGUGAUUUUUUUUUUUUUUUAAUAUGGAUUUGCACUGAAAAUAUCACUUCACCGAGCUCGCUCCCGAACUGAUGGUUGUCCAACCAUAGAAAUCAAAAGUAAUCCUAGUUGACCUGCUAGCGUUAGCAAUUAACAAAAUGUGCUAGGGCAGGGGGAUUACUUACUGCGGCGGAAGAACAAAAUUAUUUGAAGGUUAAGUUCAUAGCACUUGAAGAGGAGAAUAAAAUUCAUAAGUUUUGGACUAUUUCAAAAAAAAAAAAAAAAGUGUAUAUCAAAAAUAUUUCAGCAUGAGCGCAUUCUACUCAUACUAAAUUUAUGAUUUCAUGGCAGAGUUCCCUUGAAUGGUGGCCUUUUGGAUGCCUUAUUUUGGUCUUUUUGUUGCCCUCUAGAGGUUAUUAGAAGGAGUCAAGUGUAUGUAGAGGAAGUAUUUAUCUGGUCGUCAACUGUCCACGCAUCGACACGCUUUCAAUGAUUUUUUUUUUUUUACUUUAUGCGGGGAAACAAAAAGAAAACCAGACAGUAUUGUUAUUUAUUGGAUUGCUACGAUGUUCUGUGAACUAAACAAAUGCGAAUGUGAUCGAUUUACGCACCUUUGGUCUAUUUAGUUGCAUAUUGUAGUUGAAUCAAGAUGAAAUGAACCCCCCCCCUCCCCAACAGAUACGACUGGAAUAGCAUCAUACUCACUUGCCCAUUUUAAAGCCUCAAAUCCCAGAUUCCCCCCAAAUUCACUCGGUAAAGUCUUUGUCGUCCAUCUCGGUGAAUUUGUGAAUGUUGAUGAGUGACUCAUUUGAACUUCCUGGCACUUUUCCUUUCUUUGGCCACCAAAUAAUAUUGAUUGACCACCAAGCCGGUUUCCUCUGUCUUGCUUGUUGUAAAGGGUGUAGGCAUUCUCAUGUCUUUCAUGUUGCUGUAAUAAAUAUGCUAAUAUUUCUAAUUUCUCA